GAGCGCUUGACUGGUUUCAUCAAUUACCUUCGGGAUCGAUUGCUGAUUUCGAGGAUCUUGCCAGCAAGCUCACCAACCAGUAUUCGAGCGCAGUGGCACAAGAGAAGACUUACUUGACCCUCAUGGCGAUGAAACAGGGGGAGAAGGAAUCGCUGAGAAAGUAUGUUGCUCGAUAUAAUAAAACAUGUUUGGAAGUGAACUCCGCUUCAGAUAAGGUAAUGGCAGGAGGAUUGAUUAGGAGUCUUCGAGCAGGGCCCUGCCGAACUUCUUUGGCAAAGACCCCAGCUCGAUCAUACGAGGAUGUUCUAAAGUGGUGCAGGAAACACAUUAAUCUGGAGGAGAUGGAGCUGGAGUUUGCAAAACUCGAGGGGAUGUCCCAACCAGAACCAAAGAAGGAGCAAAACCGCCCGAGGGGGAGAUCACCAAGGAGAAGCUCGCCUAAGAGGAGCGAACAGAAGAGAGCGUCUCCUCGAAGGAGGAGUGGAGACGCGAAAAGGGAAAAGAGAGAUGAAUGGCAGAGGAGGCCUAUGGUGUUCGAGAGGCAGAGGUACCACAACUUUACUCCCUUGAGGAAAGAUAUGACGGAAGUGCUCGAGGCUAUGGAGCAGAAGAUGUCUACUGAGGACGUAACUUGGCCAAAGACAAGGUUCACCGGCCCGUAUCGGCCCCGGUCGGAUUUGUAUUGUCGAUUUCAUAAGGAUUACGGCCAUACCACGGAGAACUGCAGGCAUUUGAAAGAUGAGAUCGAGAGAUUGAUUCGGGCAGGAUAUCUGAAGGAGUUUUUCUAUCACGACAGG